AUGGUGGGAGUUCCGCAUAGUACAGGCUGUGCCCUGUGUCGCGAGCGACGGAUCAAGUGCGACGAGGCAGUCCCCGAGUGCAGCCAGUGUCAGAAAUAUGGUCGCACCUGUCCGGGCUACAGACGAACCUUCCGCUUCCAAGACGAAGACGUGGUGCGCGGCAACGCCAUUGCCCUCAUACAACGACACUCCUCCUUGGGUGGCUGGGAUGAAAAAGUGUCGCCGUCGCUGGUACGCAAGUCGUUUCGUGCUGCACAGCCACAAUUAUUCCUGGAUUUCAUCGGCACGUCGUUUCCGACACUCUAUUAUCAUAAUCGGUUCCGGUCUGGCGAUGCGCCCGGGUUCGCCGAAUAUAUCGUUAUGAAUUUCGGCAGCGAUACUUACCUCGACUACGCGGUUUGCUGCUUGAGCUCGGUCUAUCUAGCACACUUGACUCAAGAUAAAGCUCUCCUCCAAGCAAGUCGACAAAUGUACUCGAAGUCGCUCCGUGAGGUUAUUCGGGCCAUCCCGAAAGCCAACCAUGCCAAAUCUGACAAUAUGCUAUGCACAUCCCUCAUCCUCAGUGUCUUCGAAAUGUACGCGCAGACCACGCCCGACGCCUGGGUCGUCCACUCUGAUGGCGUCAAGCGACUGAUGAUAAGCCGAGGCCCAGAAGCGCACAGAACCGGGUUCGGCAGAUGGUGCUGGAUUGCAUUCCGUGGCUUCCUCGUCGCUACGGCAGUUUAUGAGGGCAAACCCUGCUUUCUAGACCAAGCAGAAUGGCAAUCCUACGCGGCGAAAGUCAGGACGGAGGACUGCCAGAAGUCCGGCGAGUGGUCUGCAUACGGCGAAAUAUCCGACCUGGCUUUCGUGGAAAUCGCCAAAUGCCCGCGGUAUAUCAGCGAGACCCGGGAUCUGAUUUCAAUGCCGACCGAGCCAGACUCAACUUUAAUCACAAAUCUCACCGGCCGCAUACAUGACACUUCCCGUCGGCUGUGCUCGCUCGCCGCGGAGCUCCGGUGCUGUAUCAGCGCGCACAGUCAGCGCGAGCAAGGUAUCGUUCAGCGGCCCGGAUCCUUCAUAGGCCCCGUACCAGAGAUUUUCCCAGACACGGGCCCAUCGCUGCUCCUCAAUGGAGCAGAAAAUAUGCUAGAGACGCUCCAGCAGCUCUCCAACCGUCUUGAAGACCGAUUACGCUUCACUCUCGUCGAUUCGCCAGACUCGACUGUCGUCACGCCACCAAGCAGUGGUAGUGAAUAUUCCAUACCCUCUUAUUCUGGGACGUCGAAGAGCUUCACCCUCCCCUUUCGCAUCCACUCGGAGCUUGGACAGGGUCCGUCUAGGACAUCUGAUCCACAUGAUCCCCGUGCUGUGAUCUGGUUGGAUCGCAUCGCGUCGUCGAUGGGUGUCCUCGGCGCCAAGGUCCUCCCAGGUGAUUCCUCGAGUGCUUCAGUACAGAUGGACAGUUCAUCACCUCAAGUAUUGGAAUUGCCGUAG